GCCAGGGUUCCAAGUCUCCAAAAGGCAAGCAGCGUGGAGAACCGCUCUGGGCUGUGCGCCCCUAGGUGGAGCAGUUGCGAAAACCAGGGACACAGCGGCAGCUCUCUCCGGCGUGGACGGAGUAGUGGACGGGCUCUUGGCACCUUCCCAGCCUGCGCCCAGAUGCUGCGCGCCCUGACCAGCGCCCUGCGCCUUCCAGGCCCCUGGAGAUCCCUUCGCACCCGGGGCUGCGCCUCCCAUGGAGCUACUGGGGACCCAGAGAUCCAAGUGCGCGCCCUCACCGGCCGCGACCAAGGAAUCACUGAGAUUCUGAUGAACAGACCGAGUGCCCGUAAUGCUCUGGGGAACGUCUUGGUCAGCCAGCUGCUGGAAGCUCUGGCCCAGCUGCGGGAGGACCAGCAAGUGCGUGUUCUGCUCUUCAGAAGUGGAGUGAAGGGUGUGUUCUGUGCAGGUGCAGACCUGAAGGAGCGGGAGCAGAUGAGUGAGGCAGAAGUGGGGAUCUUUGUCCAGCGGCUCCGAGGCCUGAUGAAUGAGAUUGCCUUCCCUGCGCCCACGAUUGCAGCUAUGGACGGGUUUGCCUUGGGUGGAGGCCUGGAACUUGCCCUGGCCUGUGACCUCCGAGUAGCAGCAGCUUCCUCAGCCGUCAUGGGACUGAUCGAGACCACCCGAGGGCUCCUCCCUGGAGCAGGAGGGACUCAGAGGCUGCCUCGAUGCCUGGGAGUGGCCCUGGCAAAGGAGCUCAUCUUCACAGGCCGAAGACUGAGUGGUGCACAGGCCCAAGCCCUAGGACUGGUGAACCACGCUGUUUCCCAGAAUGAGGAGGGCAACGCCGCCUACCAUCGGGCACUGGAAUUGGCCCAGGAGAUCUUGCCCCAGGCACCCAUUGCUGUGCGGCUGGGCAAAGUAGCCAUUGAUAGAGGAAUGGAGGUGGAUAUCGCAUCAGGGAUGGCCAUUGAAGGCAUAUGCUAUGCCCAGAACAUCCCCACCCAGGACCGCCUGGAGGGCAUGGCAGCCUUCAGGGAGAAGCGGCCCCCCAGAUUUGUUGGCAAGUGACUCCCAUUUAACUAUAAAUAUGGGAGAUGCCUGCCUUCCAGGACAGGAUCCAGAAGGAAAAUUUGCAGGGUGACUGUUCAUCAUUUCACCUCUUCGGGCUUCAGUCUCCUCACAAGGACAAGGAUAGAUAUAAAACAAUUGGAAUGGUGUUUCAUACCAAGGUACUGCCCAUGCUACCUACAGUUGCCUUCAUAAUUCCUCAUCCUGACUAGAUAAUCGCUGGGGUCAAGUUGGCUUUGGAGCCUAUCUUUCCCUCCCUAUGCAAAUGGCAAAUUAAGGAUUAAAACAGACCACUCGGGGCGUUUUUCUUGUUGGCUUUCAGGCCUGACCUCUGGCUCUCAGUUAUUAGGUGCUCACCAGAGAUGGCAAAAGGUUCUAAGAAGCCUCCAAGUUUCUUCCUCUGUACAACAGAGAUACUACACAAACCCUGGCAGUAGCCGAACAGGCGUCAGGAAUCAGACUGCCGUUCAUUAAGUGCCUCAGCUGCCUUAUCUGCAAAAUAAAAAUGCUGUGAGGAGGAAAGAAAGAAGAAAGGAAAGAAAGGAAGGAAGGGAGGGAGGAAGGGGAAAGAAAAGAAAAAAGAGAAGAGUGCUUGUGAAAGCGAACUGUGCCUCAUGUUCAAUAAACGGAAUUAUUAUUAA